UUGGUUUUCUCAGUUGUUGCAGGAUAUCCCGAGCUCGCUGACGGACACAGACGGACAAACGGACACAAGGACACCUGGAAAUCAAGCAAAACAGGCUUUCUUACAGACUAGGGACAAGAUACCACAUACACAUCGCCUAUCCUAUUAGUUCUAACAAUCUACCGGUUCAACAUGGCGUAUACGUGAUAAAAUGCCAUGGAGACAGAAACUCACUCUAUAAUUUCAAUUCCCAGUGUCAUCCUAAUGAAAAACUAACAAAAGUUCCUUUAAAGAUGUGCAUAGAUGUAUGCAGUUGAAUAAUAUUAAAGAUGUAAACCCUUAAACCGAACCAAAAACCAAAACGCAACGCAAAGUUCCUACUAACUAGUGCAAACUACCUAAAAAUAAGAUAAACCUACGAUUCCUAUUAAUAAUUAACAAGAAAUAGCUUUACAAUUAAAUAAGGCUUAAUAAAAAAUACAAUAAAUUGUAUGAAAUAUUUGAACGCUUUAAAACCCACCAACUGGAAUUUGAAACCAACUAAAUAAACCCUAAGCUCCGGCCACAAAAUGAAACAAUCAUGAACGGAAAGUAAACAAACACCAACCGGCUGCGAAAAUAAAUCAAAUCACACUGUCGGUGGUCGGUGGUCGGUGAGAGGGAAAAGUCACCACCCACCAAGUGUUUACUAAACAAUAAACAAAACAUCAAGCCAUCAAACCAUCAACCAUAAAAAAAAUAAGGAUAACAUAUGCAAGUAAAAGCGGAUCCCUACACAUGUCCAUCACGAAUAAAACCAUAAAAUUCAUAAAACAAAAAGGAAACUGCCAUCCGGCAAAACUUUUUCAAGGUCGUUCGCGGCAAGUUUUUGGUGGCAAAUCAUUUCUAUUUGUUUCAAUUUUGUGUGCAUCUAAAAAAGGGGGAAACGGAAAAAGUUUUGAAGUGCGCCACGUCCAGUCCCCACGACCCGCCCGAGCCAUCUAAAAUAAAAUAAAAGUUAAGCCCGAAUAAAAAGACAUCACGAUUUGGUUGGAAACUUUUUGUUUGCCUUCGUGUAUGUAUGUAUUUUUUUUAUUUUGCACUCCUGUAUCUUCGCGUGUGGCCGUUUGUGUGGGAAAAUCAAACAAACUGUGCUUCAGUUAGAUAAAUUGCUGUAAGCCGGGCAAACCGAGUAUUCUGAAAGUGAAAUUGUCGAGCGGGAAAAGGAAAAAAAAAGCGUUGCCCACAUUUGGGCGCUGCCCGGUACGUCAUGCACGAACUGAUGGGAAAACAAAACCAUCCGGAUAUGGAGAUGCUGAAGGAUCAACUGAAGCGCGGCAACUACAUGGGCGCUCUUGGACCACCUACUCCGGGUGGCUUAGCUUCCGCAUCAGCCGCCUCGCCCUUCCUGAUGCCCGCCGAGUUUUACAAAAGCCUCCUGGCCAGCGCCGUGUUCCAACAGCAACAACAACACCAGCAAGUGAAGAAAUUUUAUAUGGGAACCCCUUCACCCAGCCCCGCCUCCAGCUCGCCACCGACUCCUUUACGGUCACAUCCUCAAAGCAAUUUGUUAUUCUCCUCGGCAGCUGCGGUAUCUGUUUGCAUUGCGGCUGAAACGGAGCACGGUCAGGUGAAGACAGAGCCGGAUCCGGACACGGAUCAGGACGUGGACCAGGUGCAGGAGACGCAGGAAGAUGCCGGACACAAGGACCAAAAGCCCAUCCUUGAAGCUAACCCUGUCACAAGUAAGCCCCACAACAAUAAUAACAACAACAGUUACUCCUGGUCAGCCAGCAGCAACAACACCAACGACAACGGUCAGCAAAGUGAGGUCGGCGGUAAUAACACCACCACCACCAACAACAACAACAACAACAACAAUAAUCAUUCAACGACAUCACCCACUCCGCCCCACGAGAACAGCGCCACCCAAGCGACUUCGGUGUCCGCAAUUAAUUUGAAUCAAACCCAACCCGCGUCACAGACGCGGCCCAACUUUGGCAGCUCCAUAAAGUCACCACCGUCCGAACAGGACGCGGUCGCCGCCACCUCGUGCAAAAGCCAGGAGAGCAGCUCCUGCCCGAAUCCCCAUACGAGCGCCCACUCCACAUCCGACGCCAAUCAGAACCCCAAUUCCAGCUCGUCAGCCGCCGCCGUGUCCGCUGCUGCUUCUGCCGCUGCUGUCUCUGCCUCAGCCAGCAGCAACAUGCCGAUCGGCGGUGUCCAGGGCCAGAAUCCCACCCAGGGACUGGUGCACUGGAUGAGCGCCGUGAUGGCCGAGCACAUGACCGGUCAGACGCACCACGAUCCCAGUGCCGCUGUGGGAAUGCACUACAUGUGGAAUGGCAACGUUGAUCAUGCCAAAGACAUUGGCGAUUACAAUCUUUGGCCGCCAACGCCGCGCAGCCAUCAACAUGCCAGCGAACAUCACCCCAUGUCCCUCAAGCAGGAGUACGAGGCCAAAAUGAACGAUCACCACCACAGCAACCUACAGAAAGGUCACUUUCUGGACGACAAUCGGCUGGAGCAUCAUGCGGUAUCGGGACAAGGUGGCCUGGGAGGACUGGGCGGUGCUGCCAAUGGAGGGGGCGGCGGUGGCGGAGCCUCCUCCGGCGCUGGCAAUCCCAGUCUUGGCGCCACAUCGCACCAUGCCGCCGCCGCUGCCCAUCAUCACAGCUCGGCAGUGGCAGCUGCCUCCGCUGCUGCCCUGUUGGUUGUGCCUCAGCCGAUCAACGCCAGCAAAAUGGGCGGACCCGGCGGAGUCGCUUCCGUAGCCGGCGGACAUGCCACUGGCGGUGGCAGCGGGCGCAAGUAUCAGUGCAAAAUGUGUCCCCAGAUCUUCAGUUCCAAAGCAGAUCUGCAGCUUCACACCCAGAUCCACAUGCGGGAGGCGAAGCCGUACAAGUGCACCCAGUGCUCCAAGGCCUUUGCCAACUCCUCGUAUCUGUCGCAGCACACACGCAUCCACCUGGGCAUCAAGCCGUACCGCUGCGAGAUAUGCCAGCGGAAGUUCACGCAGCUCUCGCACCUUCAGCAGCAUAUCCGGACGCACACGGGGGACAAGCCGUACAAGUGCCGGCACCCCGGCUGUCAGAAGGCCUUCUCGCAGCUCUCGAACCUGCAGUCGCACUCGCGCUGCCACCAGACGGACAAGCCCUUCAAGUGCAACUCCUGCUACAAGUGUUUCUCGGAUGAGCCCUCGUUGCUGGAGCACAUCCCGAAGCACAAGGAGUCCAAGCACCUGAAGACGCACAUCUGCCAGUACUGCGGCAAGUCCUACACCCAGGAGACCUACCUGACCAAACACAUGCAGAAGCACGCGGAGCGCACGGACAAGCGGCCGCCGAUCGCGCCUGGCAGUGCAGCUGCAAUUGCGGCAGCUGCCGCCGCUGCAGCAUCUGGCUCCGCCACCGGCGGGUCGGGCAAUCCACCCCCUAACACUAACCCCGCCCAGCACCAGCGCAACAGCCUGGGCCUCCCGCCAGUCUCCAUUGCGCCCAGUGACAAUGGGUAUUGGCCGAAGGUGAGUCCCGAUUCGGCUGCCGCAGCCAACGCCAUGGAGGUGAUGCACCAGCAGCAGCAACAGCAACAGCAGCAGCAACAGCAGCAGCAACAACAGCAGCAACAGCAACCCCACCACCAUCACCCGCAGCACGGUGUACCCCCCCAGCAACAUGUCCCGCCCCAACAGCAACAGCAACAACAGCAGCAACACCACCAUCCGCAGCAGCAGCCGCCGCCCCAGCACGGAAUGGAGGCCCACUACGCCCAGCCAUCGGCGCCGAACAGCGCCCAGAGCAAUGGACACGGACCGGAGCUACAGCCUCACCAUCGGAUGCCCGAUCCGGUUCGAGAGGAUAUAGUUUCCACACCGAGUACUGUGGGUCCCUACGAUGCAGCAUCCAUAACGAAAACCAGCAGCAACUCGGCCUUCACACCCAUCAACUCCAUGCCGCCGCACUUGAACUCGCUGAGCCACCACCCGAUGGCCCAGCGUCCGUAUCUCUACGAUGCCAUCAGCUUUCCGAACAAGAACGUCAACCAGAACAACGCCAACGCUUUUCCCAACCAGCUGAUCUCGCUCCACCAGAUCCGGAACUACGCCCAUCAACCGGCGGGUCUGAUGGCGGGGGAGCACCUGUUGGGCGUCAGCGUGGGUCCCGGGAAGGACAAAGGAUAGCUAGGGUCCUACUUCUAAGUUGUCGGUCAAUAUAUUAUUUAUUCAAGCGGAAUCGAGGCGUGCAUCCUGUACAGUAUUACUUUUAUAGUUAGUCGUAGCCCACAGGGGGCAGUGUGUAUUUUUGUAGGUCUUGUUUCGGUUAAGUUAAUGGGUUCUCGCGCACUCAAUAAGCAAAGAAAACUGUAAAUGGCCAACGAUACGUAUUCUAUUUUGACCAACACCGUCCAUGCUUAUGUUAAUGCUAGCUCCUCGAAACAUAAUUUCAGUAAAGUGUUUGUGACAAGGAUUGCUUGACAAGUAAUCCUCAUUUAUCCUGGACCUCGUCUAUUGCAUAGUGUAAAUAUAAUUAAAAUGUACUUAUUUUUGAUGCACAAAAGGAUCUCGCAGUCGUGAAGCAAUAGCAAAGUUUAAAACAGCUGCAAAUUGAAAAAUUGAUAUCUGUACAUAACUAUACAUACAUCAACCGAACAGAACUAACAGGAAAACACAAUUUACCCUCAACUUUCCAAAUUUAUAGUUGGUUAAAAGUAUUAAAUGUAUCGUAUUAAAUACAGACAUUUCUGAGAGAUGCUUCUCAUGAAACAAAACACAAAAAAAUAUAAAUACAUUGAAGGAAGCGAACGGCCCCGUCACUAUUUGUUGGCGGAGACAAUUCGAUGGAAAAAACUAUUUUGAAAGAAAAAUUUCUAAAUAUAUGUACGUUAGAAGUUGGUAAACUGAACGAUGAAAUAUGAAAAAGAAAGCCGCGAACAGAGAUGUUGUAUUACUUUUUGGAAAGACUGAAGUGAUCAAAAUUAACGAAAAACAAAACACAACACGAGCAUGAUAUAAAAAUGAUAAAAAUUAAACAUUUUAAAGAACGUUUUUACCGCAGUUACUAAGCAAAUUGAAUGUGUCCUAUAAAAUUUCGUACUAAAUGGCAGAAACUAAACCUAAACGUAAAUUCAAGUAUAACAACAUCAAAUGUAAUGUAUUAUUAAAUAAAGUACUUUUAAUUUAAUUUUAAAUCUAAAAUAAAUUUAAAGUAAUCCAUAGAUAGUGUUUAACUCCAGAAUGCAAUCUCUAUGUAAAGACAAAACCGAAAAACAAACAAAAUACCUACAGUUAAGUAAAAUAUAUAGCAAAAUGAACUCUGAACUAGACACACACACACACACCCAUCCCCCAAACAUGCAUUAAAUAGAAACAAUUGGGGUAUUCAGAUAAUCGAGCUAUAUAAUUAUUGUUUUGAAAGUUUACAGUACCAUUCAAAUGGCAGAUAGUUCCCGAACGGCGUGCGAUCCCGUAACGUUGCGGAUACCCCGUCCAACUGAAUACGCAUACAUAAUUAUAUAGUUGUCAAUAGUAGAUGUGUGUUUCCUCAGUUGAUGUACAUUGAUUUCCGAUUAACCACAAAUUCAUCCCGUAAUAAAGUGAAUUAAAUGUUUCCCGCCUUCUGUGCACUUUA